AUGUCAAGACUCGAACCUUUAACCGUUCAAGAGUUACAAGAGGCUGAACGACUGUGGCUACAUAACACCCAGUUCUUGAAGUAUCAGGCUGAGAUCAAUAAUCUGAAAUCAAAUGGUAAACGACUUAGUCUAGUGAAACAUUUACGACUUUUUCUGGAUGAAGAUAGAUUUCUACGAUGUGGCGGGAGAAUCCACAAUGCACCAGUAACAGAAUUCACCAGAUUUCCAUACUUACUUCCCGCAAAACAUCCUUUCACACGGUUAGUAGUUUUAGACGCACAUGAGAACCAACUUCACGCAGGCGCAAGUGCAUUGAUCACACAUUUACGACAGAGAUACUGGAUACCAUCUAUCCGUCAGUAUAUACAAAGCCUUCUCUGGAAAUGCGUUCAAUGUCGAAUGGUAACAGGCAAACCAUAUACAGCACCAGAUCCACCACCCCUACCAAAAAUUAGAGUACAAGAUACAUCUCAAUUUACAGUCACCGGGGUUGAUUUCUCUGGAGCACUGUAUGUACGAAGCAAUUCUAGAAUUGAGCAUAAGGCUUAUAUUUGUCUAUUUACGUGCGCUUCAACAAGAGCCGUCCAUCUCGAGCUGGUACCAGAUUUAUCAGAGGAAACCUUCAUCCAAGCGUUUAGAAGAUUUACUAGUCGAAAAUCCCUACCCCAUGUAAUGAUAUCAGACAACGCAACAACAUUCAACGCAGCAGCAAAUACUAUUCAACAACUCAUGAGAUCAAUGGCAGUUAAUGACGCUCUACAUAGCCAUGGUACUGAAUGGAGAUUCAUACCUAAGCGAGCACCAUGGUUUAGCGGUUGGUGGGAGCGACUUAUUCGACUAACAAAAACCACCAUCAAGAAAGUUUUAUGUCGUUCAUAUAUUAGUUACGAGAGCCUCCAGACAAUAGUAACAGAGAUUGAGUGUAUAAUGAACGACAGACCGCUUACUUACGUCACUUCCGAUAUAGGAGACCCGGACCCAUUAACACCGCCGCACCUGCUUUAUGGACGUCGUAUUACAUCCCUUCCAUAUAAUGGCAAUACACCAGAACCACAAAAUGUUACAAUGUCUGACGUAACAAAAAGGGCAAGACUGCAGGCACAACUUAUCAGUCAUUAUCGUUUACGAUGGCGUCACGAAUACCUUACGUCACUGCGUCAGUACCACAAAACAACAGGAAACAACACUCAGACAGUUCAGGUUGGCGACGUUGUACAGAUUUAUGAUGAAUCACCAAGAACGCAGUGGAAACUAGGCGUAAUCCAGCAGUUAAUUUACGGUAAUGAUGGCCUCACACGAGCAGCAAUUUUACGCACGAGUAAUGGACUUGUCACUUCGAGACCUAUUGUGAAACUGUACCCAUUAGAAAUCAUUUCUACAUCGUCAUCAUUUUGUGGCCGGGGGAAUGUCGGGAAGACGUACGCUAUGUGUAGGCGGGAACAACAACGACGUAUUGACGGCGGGAAUCAAGAUGACGUCAACGUCUAUACCAACGUCACUACCGCUUUACUUGUAUAUAUUAUUGAGAUAUUAAAAAGAUAG